AUGACAAAUUCAACGAGACAAGACGGGGGCGGCUCUGGAGGUCAACGAUGUCGACGGUCCGGAGUAUUUACACGAUGGUUAAUCUUACCCGGUCUGUUCAUGGCGUCUUUUCUAGAACUAGGAUCAGCAAGAACACUUUCGCUUUUUCUCGAUGACUUCACAUUUCAGUUUGAUGUCAGCACUUCAUACAUCGGUGCGAUUUACGGUCUUGCCACUGGAAUGCCGUACUUCUUGGCAUUUAUCACUGUGCCUCUGCUGCGGUAUUUCUCGGUCCGACAGCUUACUAUGCUUGGUGGUAUAUUCGUAUCAGGAGGACUGAUUGCUGCCUCGUUCACCACGUCAGCGCCACAGAUAACUGCUGCUUUGAUUCUGUCUGGUUUCGGAUGGACCUUCAUAUUUUUGCCAACUAGCUCGAGCCCUGCUGAAUACUUUCCUGAUCUGUUUGAGAUUGUGACUGGAGUCGCAUUUUCAGGUGCUAGUGUCGGAGUGAUGGUGAUGCCUUGGCUCUUUGAUACGAUCAAUGCAUUUUAUGGAUGGAGAGGCGGUCUUCUGAUGUUGGGUGCCUUGAAUUCCCAAUAUAUUUUAAUCGGUUCCCUUCUAAAACCUACCAAAGGGAGACGUACAAGAAAGAAUGCCCACGCAACCCAUGACGGUGGCAAAUCUCAAAUACACAAUAGCCUUGAUGUUGAAGCAGAUCAAGUUGGUGUAGACAUUAAACGCGGAUGCGAUCAAUCUCAAACAGGGACGUGCAGCGUUUUAGAAGGAUCAACCAUGUCACUACCGUCUUAUACCGAUCACAGUGAAAAUGAGGCCGAAAAAGCUUGUACUUAUCAUGGCGAUGUCGCCAAAUUUCCACUUGACACAAACGUCAGUAAGGACCUAAAAUUCGACAGUCAUUUGAUUGCAGAUUAUGGCGGUAAUAAUGGAUUUGUUAACGCGAGCUAUGAAGCAGAUCCGCUUCAUGAAGUACACACAAGGAAAAUGUCACAUCAAGGUCGUAGUCCAGAAUCGAAACGGCACAGUGUGAUAAAGGAGAAAUACGUAAAGCCGUCAACAAACCUUUCCAAUUGCGAUGAAUAUGAGGUUGAAUCAAUCCCUGCAGAGCAUGAAAAUGUACAGUCAGCAACAACAAACCCCAACCAUGUCAACCAUGUCAACGGAAAGAGGGUAUCCACAGCAGAUGCUGAAUUGGUCGAAAUCCAUAUAACCGAUACUAAGUCCAGCGACAAGGUCGGACGCGAAGUCGCCGACAACACUUGCUCUUUCAGGGCAUUAUCUUCAGUUGCACGGUUUUUCAAAGGACAUCCCAAAAUGAUCAUAAUUUGUUUCCAGGUGUACCUUUUCGCCUUUACCUACGCUGCCUGGGUCCUCUUUACCAUCCCUAACGCUCUAGCAAAAGGCCUCUCUGACACGAGGGCCGCCCAGCUCUCAAUCGCAGGUGGAGUCGCGAACUUCAUCGGUCGAUUCUCUUGUGGCUUUAUCACCUCUAAAGAACGGGCGAGUACUGAAAUUUGGUACAUGAUCGCGAAUGUCAUUUCAUCGAUAGCAUUUUUCGCGAAUUAUGUGGCCGAUUCCUUCUGGUUCCUGACAGUCCUCUCGGUUGUGUUUGGCUUUUCCAUCGGUUUCAAGUCACCUGCACACUUCACUCUCGUCAUGAAAGCAGUUGGGAAGGAACACUUCAAGACGGGAGUAGGAAUUAUAUUUCUUAUUGGCGGCUCUGUCUUCCCUUUCGUUGGAUUAAUAUCAGAUUUGACAGUAGGGACCAACUUGACUGAACCAUAA